UCUUGCCACGUCCAACACCACGGGACGACAUGACACAAAACUCAACCGCUCGUCGACUGACCAAUCGCGAAGCCGAAAGCUCUGCGGCGAUGGCGAGGACUGAAUUGGUGCUUCGAAAGGUCGAAGAUGACUACGAUGGCGACGAUUGCGAUGAUGGCAAGGAUGGCGACAACGACCCGGAAGGCGACAAUGGCGGACACGACGACGACGGCGACGAUGGCGAUGCAAAAGAAAAGCACGUGGCGCAGUCCACGGCGAUCGAGCUGACGAUGGCGAUGAUGGCGACGAAGAUGACGGCCGCGAUCACGCUGACGAUGGCGAUGAUGGCAACGAAGAUGACGAUGGAGGUGAUGGAGACGAAAAGCAAAGAUGACGAGGAUGGCGACGUUGUGUUGUCGACUCAACGACAAUCACUUGCACGUUUCGCGGCAGGAUGAGGGCGGUCUAGUGCGCGCGCAAGGUGGCGACCCCGCUGGAAGGCGAGGAUCGUCGAGGGUGGUGGAGUGCAACGGGCGACUAGCUUUGUUUC